AUGGAGACCACACAAAGAGAACAAAUCGCAGACGAAUCGGAACAGCAACAGCAGCAGCAACAACAACAAGAACGACCCUUGGCUGAGUACUUGCGAAAACUGGAGGAGCGAGCCAAAGAGAAGCGCACGACAGGCGAGAAGGACGACAGCGAAGAAGAAGAAGAAGAUGAAGAGCCCCGCAGAUACAUCAUUGGCGAUCGAGAGGUGGAGCUGCCGCGCUCCGUGAUUCAUCUCAAGUCACGGAACGGUGGCGACGUGUUCCUCAUCGGCUCCGCUCACGUCUCUCAGGCCAGCGUCGACGACGUCACCCAGCCUACGACGGUGUUUGUGGAGUUGUGCCCAAGUCGGGCUGGCAUUCUCUUCGCGCCACAGCAGCAGCCCGCCCCACCACCCACCGCCGACACCAUCCAGCAGCAGCAGUCACCUGCUGACGGUGCCAGGGAGCAGCAGACGGAGUCACAACAGACCACCAACGCGCCUGCCUCUUCGCCCAUUGUGGCCGCCACGGUGGUGCAGGCGGAGAAGGCGCCCUCUACCAUGAGCCAGAUAAGUGAGCUGCUGCGACGACGAAAGGAAGGCGCCAACAUCCUGCACCUGAUCAUCUCGAUGGUAUUUGAGCGGGUGACAAAGAACAUCAAGGUGAUGCCGGGCUCCGAGUUCAGGGCCGCCGCGCAGGAGGGAAUGAAGUACGGCGCUCGCAUCGUGCUUGGCGACCGGCCGGUGGAGAUCACCCUGAAGCGCACGUGGGGCAACCUUAGCGUCUGGGAAAAGCUCAAGCUGUUGUACUUUGUACUGAUGGACACAUCGCUGGACAUCAAGGAGGAGGACAUCAAACGCAUGAAGAACUCAGACAUCAUCACAGAGAUGGUGAAGGAGCUGUCCACCGAAUUCCCAUCCCUUGUGGGACCCCUCAUCACCAAACAAGAUCAGUUCCUGGCAUGCAAGCUCCAUUCAUGCCCAGGCAACACCAUAGGGUAUACCCCUCUGGCUGUGAUUGAGGAGAAGCUGUGGACGCUCCUUACCCAGUGGGUGGAGGGAGUUCCACUGACCACCUUGGGCACACUGCUCCCCACUGACUGGCGCAAGCACACCACCAAGCUCCAGCAACUCUUGAACCUCUUCCCCACAGUGGUCAUGACAGGCAAAGUGGGUUCAGGGCACAAGAUAGCCAAGCUUGUGGCAUGGCUCAUGACACUCAAGAUGGACAUGGCCACCCUACUUGUCACCCAACAACAAGCCUAUGUGAAGCUGAAGAACAAUGCCAACUUGGACACCCUCUGCAAGGUCAUGGGAGUCUACCUCAAGGAUCUGCUGGAAGAGUGGGGCUUCUUCCUCACCUGGGCAGGGCAUGUCUACUGGUUGCAGCUUCCUCUGUGGCUCCACAGCCAACCUUGGGGGCUGCUGCUGCUGCCCAGCUGA